GGGCGGAAACGGGAACUCUGUCCACAAUACGCGACUGAUCCUCAUCGGCUGUCGUUAUUCUUCAUGUGAUUUAUAUGAUUAGUUAUUAAUUUAAAGGAGGUUUGUUGGUAGAAUGCGUAAUUUGUAAAGAAAACCGAACUGACGUCAUCAUUCCUGCGCUCUAAACUCUGAAUUCACAAUGUCGGGGAGUUUUUAUUUCGUCAUGGUGGGUCAUCAUGAUAACCCAGUGUUCGAGAUGGAGUUCCUCCCUCCUGGAAAGACAGAAUCAAAGGAUGAUCACAGACAUCUGAACCAGUUCAUCGCUCAUGCCGCUCUUGAUCUGGUGGAUGAGAACAUGUGGCAGUCCAGCAACAUGUACCUGAAGACUGUGGACAAAUUCAAUGAAUGGUUCGUCUCUGCCUUCGUCACCGCUGGUCAUAUGAGAUUUAUUAUGCUCCAUGAUGUUCGGCAAGAGGACGGAAUCAAGAACUUCUUUAAUGACGUCUAUGAUCUGUACAUCAAGUUUGCAAUGAAUCCCUUCUAUGAAUCCAACGCACCGAUACGCUCCACAGCUUUCGACAGGAAAGUGCAGUUUCUCGGGAAGAAGCAUCUCCUCAGCUGAUUCGUUUUCUACAUGUACUCUUGUUUUUUGCAUAAAUAUACAUAUUUCAUGUUUGAGUUGAUGGCGUCUUCACCUGCUACUGUACAACAAAUGCUGUUUGAAUGAAGAUCAUUUUUAAAGAAGGAACAGGAAUGUAAACGUACAUUAAUACAAAAAUCGCAUGAUGAAGAUUUCCAACACACUUGUAUAUUACUAAAUCAAAUAAACAAUUUCGACAAGUA